AUGCCAGCCUGGAACCCUUCAAAGCUCUCCUCAUCUCUCCUCUUGAAUAUCCGCAAUCACCCUAUACUCUUCACCUCCGCAAUAGCCAUCAUCCCCUUGGCCGCUCUCGCCAUGCCCUCAUACCAUGGCUACAUCGAUCUUGGCCCCGGUGGCCUCCCGCACAAUGUCUUCGGCUGGGUCCUUCAAGGCGCUCUACGCCCACUUACUCUGAAAAGCACCCUUGACCAUAGUGUCUUCAAAAAGCCCGGCGUUUCUGAUUCAUACGAACCUCAUGGCACCACUCGAUUCCUUCAAGAGCCGCUUGCACAGCGUCGAGGCGACAGACCAGUUAUCCCAAACUACGUCGCGCCCCAGAGACAAGCCACAGAAAAGGGAGACAAGGCUCUCAUGGACCGCAUGAACAACCAUCUGCAAGACUUGGCAAGUCGUCAUCCAGAGACACUGGCAGUGAAAUCAUCCGGCCUAGAAGCCAGAGACAAUCCCGCACUUUGGCUCGUUGGCACCCCAUUGCCAAAGUACCUGACGAAAAGCACAAAGGGAGAAAUCGUCCACGUACACUCAGAAGCUAGCUCCCACAUGGUCCUCAGCCUGACCGACGCGGAGGAAGCCAUGGCGAAGGGGUGGGCUGAGCUGCACCCGCUAAGUGGCGUGAUGGGACGGAUUCCGCUGCCGUAUGUCAUGAUCUAUGCGCCAAGGGAUGAGGAGGAGUUUGGGGUAUGGACAAAGUUUGUGGAUGCGGCUAUUGCGUUUACUACUGCGGGACAGCAUUAG